AUGGCCAAGUGCACGCUGCUGCUGCUGCUGGCCCUGGCGGUGCUGGCCGGGCAGCUGUGGCUGGUGGCCGAGGCCCGGGCAGCGCCCUACGGGGUGAAGCUUUGUGGCCGUGAAUUCAUCCGGGCGGUCAUCUUCACCUGCGGAGGCUCGCGGUGGAGGCGGUCAGGCCUCCUGGCCUCCGAAGCUAUGGGGGACGUMUUCUGGGAUGCAGACACUGAUGCAGACAGCCUGGCAGGCGAGCUGGACGAAGCUGUGGGCUCCAAUGAGUGGCUGGCCCUCACCAAAUCUCCCCAGGCCCUCUAUGGUGGUCAACCCAGCUGGCAGGGGACCUCUGGGGCUCUUAGGGGCAGUCGAGAUGUCCUAGCCGGCCUCUCCAGCAACUGCUGCAAGUGGGGGUGCAGCAAAAGCGAAAUCAGCAGCCUCUGCUAG